AGACAACCAAGUGAAACAGAAAGUUGAAGUUUCCUUUUCUCUCUGAACUUUUAUUUAUUAUUUCACACCUUUUGUACCUUUUUAUUUUUGUUUUGUUUUGGAAGUAAAUGGACAAUAAUAAUGAGGAAGUUCCAUCAGCUCCUUCAACUCCUGUAACACCAGGCACUCCUGGGGCUCCCCUCUUUGGUGGGUUCAAGGCAGAUCACAGAAGCAGUGGGAUUGGUAGGAAAUCACUCCUCAAGAGCUGCAGCAGAUGCUUCACUGUUGAAGAUUGGGCUUUGGAAGAAGGCACAUUGCCUAAAGUUUCUUGUGCUUUGCCUCACCCUCCUGUCUCACUUGCAAGAAAGGUAGGAGCUGAAUUUUUGGGCACUUUCAUACUGAUCUUUGCUGGAACAGCCACAGCCAUAGUGAACCAGAAGACACAGGGCUCAGAAACCCUCAUAGGCCUUGCAGCCUCCACUGGCCUAGCUGUUAUGAUUGUGAUUCUAUCAACAGGCCACAUCUCUGGGGCCCACCUCAACCCAUCUGUCACCAUUGCCUUUGCUGCACUGAAGCACUUCUCAUGGAAGCAUGUGCCAGUUUAUGUUGGAGCACAAGUUUUGGCAUCAAUCUGUGCUGCAUUUGCAUUGAAGGUGAUUUUUCACCCCAUAAUGGGUGGUGGAGUUACAGUUCCUUCAGGAAGCUAUGGCCAGGCUUUUGCUUUGGAAUUCAUUAUUAGCUUCAACCUCAUGUUUGUUGUCACUGCUGUGGCUACCGACACUAGAGCUGUGGGAGAAUUGGCGGGAAUCGCGGUGGGAGCAACUGUCAUGCUUAACAUACUCAUAGCUGGGGAAACAACAGGAGCUUCCAUGAACCCAGUGAGAACAUUAGGGCCGGCCAUAGCUGCAAACAACUACAAAGCCAUAUGGGUCUACCUCACUGCACCAUUUCUCGGGGCGCUCUUUGGGGCGGGAACCUAUACAGCUGUCAAGCUGCCCGAGGAAGAUGGUGACCAUAUUGAAAAGCCUUCAACAAGAAGCUUCAGAAGAUGACCAAUCAACAUUAUCAUCAGACCUACAUCAAUAAUCCAGAAGCUCACAUCAGGACAUAAUGCAGAAGGCUUGUAGCAAAAGGAAGGGAGAUAAAAUACAGUUGCAUGAUGAGCUCUGGCGGGUACAUACAUAAUAUAUAGAAAUGAAAUAGUCUGUGUAUUGUUACCAAAAAAGAAAUAGUCUGUGUAUUAAUAAUUAGCCAAGAUAGAGAUUCUCUCCUCUUCCCCUUUAAGAAAGAAGAAAUUUACAAACCAAAAGAGUAUGAAGAUGAAAAUUGACACCUCUUUUUUUCGGUGUGAUGGGGGCAGAGCAGAA